CCACGCUUCACCGUGACAGAGGCUUCGGCUGGGGGUCAUGGAGCUGGAGCUCUCCCCGGGGGGCCCCCAGACUCUCAGAGCUCCGCCCCUGGAUGAGCGGAGGGGCGGCGGCGGCGGCGGCCGGUAGCGGCGGGGACAAACCAGGCAAAGUGAAAUGUUCCCGCAGACUGUGGCUCCUCCUGGGAUCGCUGGCGCUCGUCUUCCUCACCUCGCUGUUCCUGUCCGUGUCGCUGCGCGGCGGCGUCAGCUUCGGCUACCUGGAGCCGCCCGGGUGGGAGGAGUCCAGGCGGGUGAAGCUGGUGCCCAGCUACGUGGGAGCGCACCGGCUGUCGCCCCCCGAAACGCCCCAGCAGAAAACAUGUGCCUGCAACAGCUGCGUCGGAGACCCCGGAGUCUCGGAUUGGUUUGACGAAAACUACGACCCGGAUAUCUCUCCGGUCUGGACCAGGGACAACAUCCAGCUGCCGCCGGACGUCUACUACUGGUGGGUGAUGUUGCAGCCGCAGUUUAAACCCCACAACAUCCAGCAGGUGCUGCUGAGACUUUUUCAGGUGAUUCCCGGACGGUCACCGUACGGCUCGUGGGAUCCGGGGCGCUGCCUGCGUUGUGCCGUGGUGGGAAACUCCGGAAACCUCCGCGGCACCGGAUAUGGGGCGGCCAUCGACGGGCACGACUACAUCAUGAGGAUAAAUCUGGCCCCCACUGUGGGCUACGAGGACGACGCCGGCAGACGCACCACGCACCACUUCAUGUACCCGGAGAGCGCCAAAAACCUGCCGACCAACGUCAGCUUUGUCCUGGUUCCCUUCAAAACGCUGGACCUGGUCUGGAUCACCAGCGCUCUGUCCACUGGCCAGAUCCGAUUCACUUACGCUCCAGUGAAGCAAUUCCUCCGUGUGGAUAAAGACAAGGUUCAGAUCUUCAAUCCGGCUUUCUUUAAAUACAUCCAUGACCGCUGGACCAGGCAUCACGGCCGGUACCCUUCCACUGGCAUGCUGGUCCUGUUUUUCGCUCUUCACGUCUGCGACGAGGUGAACGUGUUUGGCUUCGGCGCCGACAGCCGAGGAAACUGGCACCACUACUGGGAGCAGAACCGGUACUCCGGAGAGUUCAGGAAGACGGGCGUCCACGAUGCGGACUUCGAAGCUCAGAUCAUCAAGCAGCUGGCCAAGGCCGGAAAAAUCACAGUGUUCACUGGGAAAUGACCAGAAAAACGUCCAUGAAAAUGACGGACGCCAGUUUGGAUUCAAGUUGGAAUAAAAGCAAACUGGAAGAGAGUACAAUUUUACCGAUGGGGUUCGACGAGCGAAACAUUUCCCACUUGGGAACCGAGACUACAAUGAGUCUGACAGGAACCAUCUUGAGCUGCGGCUGCUGCUCCUCAUCAGCUGCAGCCCAGGAUGUGGUGAUCAGAUGGGGGAGGAGAGCAGCAGGGCCCCUUCAGUCCAAAUCAGGUUCCUCCCUCCCACCGACAGAACAUGACACAGAUCUGAUUCUUCCACGCAGACGACCCAAAGUAGGUCUUCCCUCCUGCUGUUGGUGUCGACCCACAUUUCUCCCUGCAGAAGAGAUCCUUCUGGCUGCAAAGAACCACAGCGGUGACUAAAAGCUGUGCCACUUCCUGCAGUUUGGGCCGACUUUAUUUAAACUUAAACUGAUUUAUAUUUGAAAAUCCUCUUUGUCCUCGGCGUCAGUGAAACUUGGUGCUGCGAAAUGUUCGAGGUUAUUUAUACUCUGCUUCGUCUGGCACAUUACGUUCCGAAGGGGGAUGUCACGGAUCGCCUCGGAGUCGGAAAUCUCAAUUUUCCUGACCUGAAAAAAAUCCCACUGAGGUCGUUAAUAUUCAUACCGAGACUGGAUAAGCAGAGUGGAGCGUGGCAGAACCUGCUCAGUGAGGGCAAAGAUGAAAUUUAAAAAAAAAUUUAAAUAAGAAAUUUGCCAAAAUAUCAAACUGACGGUGUAUUAGGGCUAUUUAUAGAUUUUAAAAAAAGUUAAUUUCUGCCAAAACUCAGAAAUUUUUAGAUUAAUCUCAGACAUUUCCUAG